UCAGAAAUUUGGUAACAUUGCAUUUCAUUGUUUAUAGACAAUUAAGCAGUUCAUUUGUUUUGUAAACUAUUUUCUCAAGUGUAUUGCCUUGGCGGUGCGAUUUUGGCCUUUAAUUCAAGUGCGUUAAAAGAAUUAUAAAAAACCUAAUUGCUGAAUGCCCCUGGAAAAAAAUAUUCCUCGUUAAACUACGAACUGUAAAAUUGAAACUAUGUCCAAACGAGUAACAAAUGACCGUCCUGAUUAUUCCGAUCCUACCAAUGAUAGUGAUGGUAGUGAUUUUGAAGAAGUGAAGAAGAAAACUAUAAUGGUGGGUAGUGAUUAUCAAGCCCAAAUUCCUGAUGGGUUAUCAAAGUAUGGAGAUGAUCCGCCUUACCAAAAUGUUGAUAAGCUUCUCUGGGAUCCUCAAAGUACUACUGAUGCAGUAAUUGCAGAUUAUCUUCACCACAUCCAUCAAUUAUCUCAUGGAUCAAAUAUGGUACGUAGAGGUAUACAUGUACGAGAUGAUGAAAAUGCAUUAUUUUUACUUUUACAAUGUGGUUUUAAUGCUGAAGAAGCAUUACGCAGAGUUUCAUUAAAUGAUCAAAUGUUUGGUAGAAGAGCCAUGAUGGUGUGGUCAGAAGAAGAAUGUAAAAAUUUUGAAAAUGGUAUUCGUUGCUUUAGUAAGAAUUUCUAUUUAAUUCAGCAGCAUAGAGUGACUACACGAACAGUUGGUGAACUUGUUCACUUUUAUUAUUUAUGGAAGAAGACUGAAAGGCACGAUGUAUUUGCUAGUAAAGAACGGCUGGAAAAGAAAAAAUAUAGUCUUCAACCGGGUAUUACAUUCUUUGAAGAUGGCGAAAACUCUGUACUCAAUCAAAAGACAAACCAAGUUGGAAAUUGUUUAAUUUACUGCGAUCCUAAAAGGUUACAACGAUUAGAAACAUCAGGUGUUCAUGUUACUCUUACGGACAACUAAAGGGUUUGUUUGGAUAAAUAAUUUUAAAAUGUUAUCAGUAAAUUUAAGUUUAAAUUAGACAUUCCUUAAGAAAUAGAUUGAAACGUUAUAUUUUUAAAAUAUUAAUUAUUUAAUAAGUUAUUAAGGUAUAAUUAAAAUGU